AUUUGUUUUUCCAUGAAAAAGGGUUGGAUAAAAGUUUGUUGCCUAUAAGAUUUCCACGUCCACGUGAGAACUUGGAGGACUUCAUGCAUCUACAUAGGCAGCUGCUUAAUGACCACUAUGCUAAUGCUGUGAAGCAUUUACGUCUUGCUAUUAAUUCUACUCCUCCAGAACUGGCGGCCUUACUUCCUCUAAUUCAGCCUUUUGUUGUUUGCUUAGGAUUCUGGUGUAUUGCAUACUCCUUUAGGGCAUGUUUGCUUAGCGGGCAAAACUGGGGUGGGAACUACAUGACUUUGUCUGGCAAUAUCCUUAGGGCGAGUAUUACAGAAUGCUUUCAUCUAAAGCAGUAUGACGUGCUUUCAACCUGCUACGAGGAUAUCUUAAAGAAGGAUCCGAUGUGUAUUCAUUCAUCUAUCCUUUUGGACAAUGGAGUUCCUUGCUUUUGGAUGGUCAUCAAAAUUGGAGUGAAGAUCCCUUGUACGAUGUAUAUGUAUCUUUCAAAAGAUGAGCCUCAAAUGAUGGUUGAUUGGGAAGUUAUGCUCGAGGAAGAAAAAAGGAAACUUUAUGGAGUUCUGCAAUACAGCAGCUAUAGGCCUUCAACUGGGGACUAUAAUCUUGAACCACUGGUGGAGAUGAUAGCUUUACAUCUGGAUGCUACCUAUGCAACAUGUGACAUAUGGGGAGAGCUUGCAUCAUGCUUCCUUAAGAUUUCUCUGUAUGAAGACGAUCAAAUGUCAGUAUGUGGAAAUGAAAAUGAAUGUGGAGGCAAGCAACAGUUUUCUGUUUGUUUCAAUUCGAUUCCCAGAUCGUUCAUAGAGGGGAACUUGCGAAUGCCAUGGAAACUACGUUGCAAAUGGUGGUCUAGACGCCACUUCAGCAAUAACAUCCUCGACUCAGAGAUGAAAGCAGGUAAAUUUCAGCUAUUAACAUGCAAGGCAGCAUGUGCAUCUCACCUUUAUGGUCCCGAGUUUAAAUACGUCGAGAGUGUUUAUGCUUGUCUGGAGAAAGAAGAUAACCAGGAGAGGAUACUGUUCCUGCAGAAGCACACGAAUAAUUCAAUCAAACUUCUCCAAAAUUUGUAGUAGUCAGACUGAAUGCUGCAUGGCUUUCUCUUUGAAAAGUAGAAGGGAGAAGUUUCACCGUUUCCAGUCGGUGAGCUGUUGCUCCUUUUGGAUUGGUAAUCACUUGCAUGGUGAUUUUAUUUCAAAUCAUAAACCUGACACUAUCAUUUACUCCUAAACCGCACCUCGGAACACAAAUGCCUUGGCAUUGUGUAAUUGUGGUAAUCUCAUGAUCGAGGCGUCUGGUAUUGGAUCCUGUUUGGUCCUAUAAGUUGUAUCAGCAGUGUUACAGUUUAUAAGAUGUCUUGCUUAUCAUGUGAUAUCAUUGAGAAGUCAGCUAAGUGGUUUCGUUUCAUUGCUUCAAUCAAGUUUUCAGCCCUUUGAAGAGCUUCACAAGGAAUAGGGAAUAACUUGCUUUUCUGGAUCAGGUGGAGUUUUUCAAUUUUGAAUUGUAUUUAGCUUCUUUAGGAUUGAGACAUACAUAUAUGUAUUAGCCCAGAAGGAUGUAAUAUUUAUUUCAUUUCAUAACAUAAGGGAGUCAGGGUCUAAGCAUAAA